AAUUUUUAUUUGAGGAUUUAUUUUUCUACUUGACAAGAAAAGCAUCACAUGAGUUCGCAUUGUUGGGCUAUAAAUUAUGGAAGUUUCCAAGAAUAAAUUUAGAGUGGUGAUUUCCCCACUCAAAUUUUAUCCACUUACACUUCAUUUUAUAACUAAAGAAUGAGUGUAAUUGGAUAAAAUUGUAGUGGAGAAAUCAUUAUCCUAAAUUUAGGUAGAAUUAGGUAUGAAUUUAGGAGACGUCGCUACAAAAUCCCACCCUUUGAUGCCAGCAAAGGCAUGACGUCACCACUUGCAUCCCUGGCCCAGAGCAUUAAUUCCAACAUUCAUCGUCGAAAUGAACUAUUUCCAUCAAAAGAUCUAAAACCUACCUCUCUUAUUCCAUUCUGACAAACCAAAAAAAAAAAAAAAAAAAUCCUCUCUUAUUCCAUAUGGAGAAAGCUUCACAGCUAGUCGUCAUCCCAUCCGGCCGCAUCGGCCAUCUCGUCUCCGCCGUCGAGAUAUCGAAGCUCCUUGUUUCCCGCCACGACCAACUUUACAUCACCGUCCUCAUCAUGAAGCUACCCUUCGACUCCAAGGGCACAGAGGCCUACAGAGCCUCCCUCGAAGCCUCUCCCGUAUUGCCACGUGUCAACUUCAUCACCCUCCCAAAAGUCCCAGACCUAGACAAGCACCUCAGCUCCCAUUCCUUCCGCAACCAGUUCAUCGAAAGCCACAAAACCAACGUCAAAAACGCGGUCGCCGAACUCACCGAGUCACAGUCCGAUUCAAGGCCUCGGCUUGCUGGCUUCGUCAUCGACAUGUUUUGCACAACAAUGAUCGAUGUGGCGGAUGAUUUUGGGGUUCCUACGUACAUGUUCUUCACUUCACCUGCUGGGUUUCUCGGGCUGCUGUUUAACCUGCAAAGAAUUCGCGAUGUGUAUGGCAAGGACGUCAGUGAGUUCAAAGACUCGGACACUGAGUUGUCCUUGCCCACUUUUGUCAACUCGGUUCCCGACAGAGUCUUGCCCAGUGUGGUUCUGGACAAAGAGGGCGCGGAGACGUUUCUAAGCUAUGCCAAACGGUAUACAGAAACCAAGGGCAUUUUGGUAAAUACAUUCAAGGAGCUAGAAUCACAUGCUCUUGAUUCUCUUUCUGAUGGUGAAACCCCGCCUUUGUAUCCUGUGGGUCCCAUGUUGAAUCUGAUGAGUGAUGAGACCCAAUCGGGUUCGGAACAGGCCCAACAGAAGUCUGAUAUAUUGGAGUGGCUAGAUGAGCAGCCUCCUUCGUCAGUGGUGUUCCUGUGCUUUGGGAGCAUGGGAAGCUUUGACGAGGACCAGGUGAGGGAGAUAGCGUUGGGGCUGGAGCGGAGUGGGCUCCGGUUCUUGUGGUCUCUACGCCAGCCCCCACCAAAGGGGACCGUUGUGUCCCCCGGUGACUACUCGAAUCUCUCAGGGGUCUUGCCCGAUGGGUUCCUCGAUCGGACGGCUGCGAUGGGAAAGGUCAUAGGGUGGGCUCCGCAGGUGGCGAUCUUGGCCCACCCGGCAGUAGGAGGGUUCGUAUCCCACUGCGGGUGGAAUUCCACACUUGAGAGCCUAUGGUUCGGAGUGCCGAUGGCCGCGUGGCCGGUGUACGCGGAGCAACAAUUAAAUGCCUUUGAAUUGGUUAGGGAGUUGGGAUUGGCAGUGGCAAUUAAGAUGGAUUAUAGGAGGGACACCCAAGUGGUUGUGAGUGCGGAGGAGAUAGAGAGAGGGAUAAGGGAGGUGAUGGAGCAUGAUAGUGAUGUAAGGAAGAGGGUGAAAGAGAUGAGUGAGAAGAGCAAAAAAGCCUUGAUGGAAGGUGGCUCCUCACACUCUUCAUUGGGACAUUUUCUUGAUCAGAUUUUCCUUUGAUAUAUUACGAAAGUCCUAGAAAAAUAAGCUGUGUUUGUUUCUAUCAUGAGUGUAUAUAUGCUCCUUCACCACAUGAACUGAGGUUGAUAUAUUUAUUUCGGUGCACAUUCAAGAUCUUCAAUAUCUUAAUCAAUUACAUAAUAGAAUCAGGGGCAGAGCCGAAACCAGGCUUGAAGCGAUCUUGGAUGAGGAAAGGAAACCAUGAUCUGUACGCCUUUUAAAUUAACAAUGAAAGUGAUUUGCCGAUCGGU